UUUCGGUGUACAGGAGACAGGAACCAGUUCUAACAAGGAUAUUACAUAAUACCGUGUUUCAUUAAGAGUGAAAUUAAUUUUGUUUGAACAAAUGUUAACAUUAAAACGGAUCAUUUAAGCCGAUAGCAUUCACAGAAACAAAAAUGAAGACGUUUGACGAUGUUCUCGCCUCCAUUGGAGAUUUCGGCACGUACCAGAAAAGGCUGUAUGCAUUCUGUGUGAUUCCAAACAUGCUCACUGCUUCUCUAACACUCAUCACAGUGUUCACACUCAACGAACAUCACCACAGUUGUCAAAUUCCCGAAGUACCGAUAAAUUCAACACAUGAUUUAUCUACUCUGCAAUAUGUCAACUCCUCGCGGGAUGUUUCCAUUCUCUUUGGUAACCACUCCAACGGAAGUCACAAUCAGGAGGCGUUACAGUGCCACAUCAGCAGUUGCAACGAAACUUCAAAUAUGACGUCACAGACAAAAUGUACCAAGUGGGAGUAUAGCACAGACGAAAUGUCAAAAACGCCUAUUUCUGAUUUCGACCUCGUCUGCGACAAUGUCGUGCUUCGUUCACACGCGUCAAUGGUGUUCUUUGGCGGGACCUUAGUUGGCGUAAUUUUGGCGGGAAUGUUGGGCGAUGUGGUUGGCCGGAAGCCAGUAAUGGUCAUUGGUGUGUUCACACUGACGAUAUCUAGCAUGGCGUGCGUCUGGUCGUACAAUUACCAGAUGUUUCUUGUCACUCGCUUCCUGACCGGGUUAUCAUCACUGAUGGUGUUCGCUCCAUGCAUGCUGAUCCCUAUGGAGAUGGUUGGACCGACGAAGCGUGUGUUUGUAGGAAUCAUUAUUGAACUGUUGUGGUGUAUUGGAGAAGUGGUACUGUGUGGUCUGGCCUACUUUAUCAGAGAUUGGCGGACCUUACAACUCGUCCUGGCCAUACCCUGUGUUCUUCUGCUCGCCUAUACAGUUAUCAUUCCAGAAUCCCCCAGGUGGCUUCUUUUGGUGGGAAGGAGAAAACAAGCUAUGCAAAUCCUCCGAAAAAUAGCCAAGGUCAACGGAACGACCUUGACCGGAGAGAUAACAGAAGUAUGCCGGGAAAGUGGGUCGUUGAGGGACAUUCUAACCUUAUUGAAAAAGCCUAAGCUCGUACUCAGAUGGACCAUCGUGUCAUUUAUUUGGUUUGCCAUAUCUCUAUCCUACUAUGGUCUCAUCUUGAAUGCCGGAAGAAUCGGCGGGAAUAUUUACCUCAACUUCCUGGUGUCCGCCAUAGUCGAGGCCCUAGGCUACAGCUCGUGUCUCGUUAUCAACGACAGGUUCGGACGGAAGAUCAUGAACUGUGGCAGCCUCGUUCUGACGGGAGUGGCCUGUCUAUCCACCAUACUAACCACGCAGCUGGGAGGCGAAUCCCUCAGUUGGUUUACCAUCACCCUGUCUAUGAUUGGAAAGUUCGGAGUUUCAGCAGCAUUCGGAAAUAUCUUCAUUUACACCUCGGAACUGUUUCCAACGUCCAGUCGUAGUUUCAUUCUUUCCUCGUCCAAUAUCUUCGCACGUAUCGGAUCCCUGAUAUCGCCCUACAUUGCCGACCUGUCUUUACUUGUGGACAGUAUGUUUGGGAAGGCCCUCCCUCUAAUUAUAUUCGGGUGUCUGGGUCUGUCUGCUGGCCUGGUAUCACUGGUCCUACCUGAAACCCUAAACGCCACCCUGCCAGACACUAUCAACGACAUACUGUCAGCAGACGACAAGGACUCGAAGAGAACUUGGAAACAUUACCACAAUGACCAAGACAAUGAUGCCAUGCUGGGUAUGCCACUACGGUCGUCAUCCUGAUGCAAAAGACUACUUAGGGCACAAUAAAAUAUACCUGUUUUAUAGUACUUGUGUUGCAUUACUGUCUAUAAAUCUGUUGAUAAAAGCAUCUGUAGUGUUAGGGGAUCGGAGUCUUGGGUCCCAUUCCCUGGUCAAACCCAGUGUUACUCACAUACCAAAACAUCAAUCAUUUCAACUGUCAUCAAAAUGGAACUCAGAUAUGUUCAACUUCAAAACUUAUAUUAACAAAAGGCCCAAUGGGGCUGUAUCACUUAGCUGUUUUUGUAUGGUUUUGUUAAAUUAACACACCUCACAUCUGUGACCUUCAAUGUUGGUCAAGAUUGUUGUUGAACAUCCAUUCCAAAGAGUUGAUACCUAAAACUUAAUACUAAAAAAACGAUUUUUGAGCUUAUACAAUCAAAAUGUCUCCUUUCCUAUUUUCACUCUUCAAAGAGAUGCUGUAUUUAAAAUCUGUCCUUGAAAUUUUUAGCCCUCGGGCACUUUUUAAAACAAAUUUCUUCAGUAUAUUUUAACAGUUCUAAAAAGUAGAUGACGUUUGAUUAACUCUCUCAUUCAAGACCAAAUAACUAGAACACAAGACAUUUUAACAUCUCCUAAACGGUUCUUAAUAUAUUGUUGUUAGAAAUUUUAAUUAUAAAGGUUUUAACCCACGUUGACCUUUGACUCCGAUAGGCACUUAAAGGUGACGUUUGACCUCAUUACAGUAAUAAAGAAAGCGAUUAACACAGCUGUUCUACAUAACAUGCCCAAGUAUCAUGACAAGACCAAAUGGUUCUUAAGAUAUUGUUGUUUGGAGUUUUUAACAUAUUUUACCCCUGUGACCUUGAUAC